AUGGAUCAGGAUAUCAAUGUUGACGACCUCUUUGGGGAGUCGGGUCCGCUGGAUCUGGGCCUGCCAAACGCUCCGCCCCCAACAAAGGGCCUCGCACAAUGUCAAGAUGAGAUGCGUCUCUUAGGGUGUCGACAGAAGAUUGCCUGGUCUCGAUUGGGAUGUAUUGCAUAUAUAUCGUCAGAUGGACUUCGAGUCAAUCUACGUCAUUUGAAAUGCAAUAGUUCAGUUGGAAAAUGGGCUCUGAGUGAUGAAACUCCACUCGCACCAGUUACAGAAACCCAUGGUGGCAAUCAACUUGUACACCUAUCUUGGAAUGAGACUGGCUCCGAAAUGGCGGUCGUCGACUGCCUCGGGAGAGUUUCCAUCUAUUCAAUCUCGCUCGCUUUGAAUAGCAUCUCACCUGUACGACAGGCCCAGUUGGAUUCUAGCGAUGAUAGCAACCAGAUUGUUGGCAUGAUGUGGCUCAACACCCAGCGAAUGGCAAGUACUUAUCCGAUGCUUCUCACAAUACGUCUCCAUGCUUUCCACCAAGCAGCCAAAGUCAAUGGCCGAUGGGCUUACACGCCCUUUCGUCGUCGCCCAAUUGGCCCCUUUCACCCGGCCAAUAAGAAUGCCCUGAUCUGUGUUACCCGGGCCGGCCAGAUUCGUCUGAUGUAUCAGAAUCCAGACAGCAAAUGGACCGAACUCCCUGCAGAGCUUAAAAACACUGGGUAUUCAGAUAGAAUGCUGACCCAUGCAUCAAUUGUAGCAACUGCGUCUGGCGUCUUGAUUGCCACCUACUCUGUGUGCCAGAAGAUAUGUCUAUACAGGGUAAACAUCACAUGGAACCCGGAUAAAUGGGAGAAUACGCAAGUCAAACAAGGCGCGCAAUUCCCGAUUCCAUCCUUUCGGUUCCAGCAUUGCAAGAUCGAUAUGCCAAGCAGUAUAUUGAAUGUCACUCGGGGGGUUGAUGAACACCUGAAUCAAUCAUUACCAUUCCCCAACUCCAUCUAUUCAUUGACUCGACUUGAGAUCAUGCCUGGUCAAAUCGAUAGCCCGACUGGUUCAACGGCCAUCCCCUGGAUCCUUGCCGUCUUUGCCAAGCCCGUCCAUGCUACACCUGAAUAUCCUGACCAACAAGGGCCUCCAAGUAUGAUUGUGCGAUGGCAAUUGGAUAGUGCUCCUCAAGCCUUCCAUCCAAAGUUCGAUGAAGUUACAACAAGGAAAAGCAAUAGUCAACCUAAGUCCAAGAUGGAGUUGCGUCGUUUAGAUGAUAUCCAUUGCGAUAAAUAUAUCAUUUCGGUAGAUAUAGUGGAGCAUGGAACUGCUCUGGCUGUGACACACGAUGACAGCUCCGUCACGUUUUAUGAUACGCGAACGAUGGCCGUUUUCAACGGACUGGACGACACCAGUACUGUGACAUGCCUGGCACAAGCAGGCUUUCAGUACCCUAUAGACUCAACAGGGGUAUCCAUUGCUUUCUCUCCUAACUCUUGUGUUUCUGUAUUACUGGAUACAGAGGGACAACCCCAUUUGAGGUUGAUGGAACAUACGUUCGGAUCUAAUGAUGGUCUAUAUGAUGAAACCAAGUUUUCUUCUGCCGUCGCAGCACUUACACUUGGCUUUAGCCGGGGAUGCGGUGCUGAAGUGAAUACGGAUGAUAUUCUUAUGGUAGCACUGAGGUUGCUUAGACAGGAAACACAAUCCGUAUUCAUUGGUGAAGUGUAUCGUGCACUUCCUGUCAAUUGUAACUUCACAGUGGAAACAGAAAAGCUCAUGACCCAUCCUUACAUUCCUCGAUGUUUGAGCUUGCAAGCUGCACUAGGCUUCAAGGGAAGAUUGAAACGUCGUGGUCUUGCGUCCUCCGUUACCUGGACAACUCUUCAGCUACGCCAUGCUGCUGUCCUAAUUGCAUAUUUCUUUCAGCACGGCAAUAAGGGCCAGAGCGACGCUUCUGAUCCAGAAAUUCUACGAGUCAUACUUGGAAAUAUCAAAUGGGUCCUUGAUUUCUCGCAUUACAUCCUGAGCGAGGUAUUUGACUUAGCAGAUGAGUUUGAAGACCUGUUUACAGACCAAGAGGUCUUCGCCCAGAAACUGAAAACGGUCAACUCUGUUCCCCUCCUAAUCCUACUCUCAAGCAUGUCUCGCGCUUUCCUCCGCUUCAUCUGUCGUGGUCUCCGCGGUGUCCACGGAGCCUUCGCCAAACUUAACCCCGCAAUGCUACCUCCAGAUUCAAGAGUCUACUACACAGAGAUCUGCCACGCUCUAGACAACUCCCCCGUCCGCAUAGAUAUCUACGAGAAAUUCCUCGCAAGCGUCGACUCCGCCGUCAAACACGCCUACCAAGGGGCGGGCUUCGGAGACGCAGAACGACCAGGCCCCGAAAAGGAACUCCUCGUUAAUGCGCGAAUCCCACCUGUCCUCGUGACUGCAGUCUCAACAGUACUCAAGCACAAUAUCCCAGCGCUCAAAUCAGAAAUCAACUACAAAGAUAUCCUCCUAACUGACUAUAGCUGGCUUGGUUAUGGGAAUGAUGCCCGAACGGCUAUGUACCGUAAACAUCGGGAUGUUGACAUCCUGAAGAAAAUUGUGCUGCGGCCGACGCUUGCCGUGGGACGGAGUGGAAGGGUUGUUCAACCACAGAAGAGGAGGAGAUGUGUGUUGUCCCUGUGGGGGGGCAGCAGCGGAAUCAUAUACCUGCGAUGA